AUCUCUCUCCCGAAUCGGGAUAAGAGAGAGAAAGUGUGUUACUGAACUGAACCCUCUGCACUUACCUUACACAAAUUGUACUUCUCCUCAGUCUCUUUAAUUUUGCAUAUAUUAAGCAAAAAAAUCCAUAUUGAAAUUGUUAUCGAUGAUGAAUCUAUCUUCAUCAACAGAUCAAGACAAAUCAGAAACAACAAAUUCAAAUUCAAAUUCAAAUCCAAACAAAAAACAGAAGACAACAACAACUACACCUUGUUGCAGUAAAGUAGGGUUGAAGAGAGGACCGUGGACUGUAGAAGAAGAUGAAGUUUUAUCAGAAUACAUCAAAAAAGAAGGUGAAGGUCGUUGGAGAACUCUUCCCAAACGAGCUGGUCUUCUCCGUUGCGGCAAAAGCUGUCGUCUCCGUUGGAUGAAUUAUCUUCGUCCAUCCGUCAAACGCGGUCAGAUCGCUCCUGAUGAAGAAGAUCUCAUCCUCCGCCUCCACCGUCUUCUCGGCAACAGGUGGUCAUUGAUAGCUGGGAGAAUUCCAGGAAGAACCGAUAAUGAGAUUAAAAAUUAUUGGAACACACAUCUCAGCAAGAAACUUAUUAACCAAGGGAUUGAUCCCAGAACUCACAAGCCUCUUAAUAACCCAUCUUCUUCUUCUUCAAUAAUCCCAAAUACUAAUCACCAAACAAGUACUCCUUUUUUUGCACCAUCUUCUUCUGAUCAUCAUCAUCCAAUUACUAUCACUAACAAUGAACCUGAUCCCUCUCAAACACAACAAGCUCAGGGUUGUGGUAACUUGGUUAAUGAUGUUUCUGCAAUGGAUAAUCAUCAUGUGCUUACCAACAACAACAGAGGGGAUUAUGGAGACGACAAUGGUAAUAACAAUUACGGCGGUGAUGAUGUGUUUACUUCAUUUCUGGAUUCAUUGAUCAACGACGAUGCAUUUGCUGCACACAGAUCAGAGAAUGAUCCUUUGAUCUUAUCUGCUGCACCACCAGCUCUGUGGGAAUCGCCGCCACUCAUGAUGACAUCUACUCAUAAUUUCACCCAAAACCAAGACGGGAAAGCUUCUUAGCAUUUUCGUUUUUCUCAAUAAAUAUGUGUACUCACUGCAUGCUUCUUUAACAUUUUACUUCAUCAAAUCAAAUUCAUAUAUGAUAUUAUUACAUAGACAUAUGUAAUAUGUGUGUGUAUUUUAUCACGCAUUGCAUUUUAAUUGUACUUUAAUCGCUCGCAGGUAUAUAUAUAUCGAAUUUGGUGUCGUCAUUUCAUGCUGAUUAA